AGUCAACUCGCAAUUCAGUUGUGGGGCAGCCGCUGAGCUCAGCUGACGCGUCGAUUGCUUAUUAUAUGAGAACUGGUCGAUGAGGAAGAGGAAGACAACGCGUUCGUUGCCUAAGUCAUUUCGAUUUUCACUUUUAACUGUUUCGAAGAGCGCGCGCGCGCGCGUUGUGCUUAAACCGUUACCGUUAGACGCAGCACGUUACGGUUAUCUGGCAGCGAGUGUAGAGCGAGCGAGAGACUCGCAUUCGUACCAUCAUAAUAUAUCAUACGCUUUUUGUGGCUGUUGCAACUAACGACGGAUUAAACUGCAAUCGAGUGAAAGGGGCAACUUAACAGAAAAAAAAAAAAAAUAGGAACUAGAAAAAACCAAAAUACCAUGACAAGCCUCAAUUAGGCCGCUUAACGCUUUCGCAUUCGCAGCGCCACGAAACUCAUCAUUGAAACAUACAAGAAAGCAUCCCAAGUAGAACUAGAACUAGCUUGUCAUCGCCUCGCACCACUGACCCAACAACCAACAGCCAAACGCUAAGAGCUAAGAGCCACCAUCGAACAGCCAAAGCCAAGGCCGACCGAAAUCAAAGCUUAUUUUCUUUUUUUUGGCCAACAACAACAAACGACGAAACAACACGAUCAUGAAUUAUCAGAAGGCCAGUGAAACGCAUUCACCGUCCCCGUUCAAGAAGCCGAAACGGCCCGCUGGCACCAACAACAACAACGACAACAACAACAGCAACAAGAAGAACAGCCACAGCAACAGCAGCAACAGCAUCAAAGGCAAAGGCAACGGGAACGGGAACGGCAAUAGCAUACAAAACUUUUGGAACGAACGCAUCAUGGAGCGCUUCAUAAAGGCGAAUCUAUUCAUUAUCUGCUGUGUGGCGGCGGGCCUGUUGCUGAUUGUCUACCUGGGCGCCUUCUCGUGCGAGGUCUCGUGGCUGCUGGAGGCCCACGGCGAGCUGCCCUUCGCCGCCUAUACGCUGUGCACACUGUACUUUGUGAUGUUUGUGGCGACGACCAUUCUGAUCCAUGGCCUAGUGAGUGGGCUCUGCUGGCCCCUAUUCGCCUGGUCGGCUGUCAUCGGGCUGAUGUCGAUACCGGAGCUGGUGCUAGUGAUGCUAAUGACCACGCAGCAUUGGGGUCUGCAGUCGGUGCACGGCCUAACGGAGCUCACCUCCUAUUUGAUAAGGCUCAUCAUCAACUGCCUGGCUCUGAUCUGCGUCAUUCCCACCGGCAUCAAGUGGCGUCGCGAGAGGCAGGUGCUCAAUCAGCUGCAAGGCCUGGCGACCCGCCUCUCCCUGCAAACACCGGCGCCCAGCGUGCCCAUGACCAAGGCGGACUCGAGGCGCUCCAGCCAGCGGCUGAGUGGCUUCGAGAACGCGGGCUACCAGCUCUGCGACGAGACGAAGCUGCCCCUGGGCAGCGGAGCUAACCAGAUGUUUGGCUCGCAGAACGAGUUCAAUGCCAGCAUGUUUGCGCCCCAGCAGUAUGUGCCCAGCCAGCGGAGCAGCUCGAGUCAGGGGCAUCGCGCCCAGUCGCUGAUGGAUCUGCGCUGCACGCUGCCCGGCAUGUACAAUCCCCGGCACGUGCUGGACACGGAGGACAAGAAUGCCAAGUACUUCAAUAUAACCAUAGACGACCUGAAGCACAAUUUGCAGGAUUCGCACCGCCCGUCGCCGCCCUCGCUGAUUGGCUCCGCCAGCAAUGAUCCCAUCUACUGCUCCAUCGAGCCCAAGCAGCUGACGCCGCCGCCCGCCCAGCAGCAGCAGCGACAUGGCCAGCAGAAGAAGCUGGCGCGCAACUGCAUCUCCCUGGAGAACCUCGACGGCAUUAGCAAGGUGCAGAACGACCUGGCUGCCUAUGGCAACAAUCUGCUGCAGAACUACACGCAGCAGCAGCACUACUACUUGGCCAUGCUGCUGCAGCAGCAACAGCAGCAGGCGGCCGCAGCAGCAGCGUCCAAUCUCUACCGCCGCCCCUCGGCCUGCAGCGUAACGGGCAGCUGCACAAUGCUCGGAGUGCAGCGACGCGGCUCCCAGCAGCUGCAGCAGCAGCAGCUCCAUCAGCAGCACCUGCAGUACUACGGCGGCUUCGGCUAUGCCAACUAUGCCAAUCCCUACAUCACAGCCAACAGCAAAUUGUCCCUGGGCAAUGAGUCCGAUGACUAUCGCAAGUAUCGCGAUGUGGCUCUUUAGUAGAGAUUUAAGCUAUGCUCCAGUCAAAAACACACACACACACAUAUAUCUAUAUAUCUAUAUAUAUAAAUUAUACAUCAUACUCAUUAGCUGUAGCCUGCUCGACUACCACAGACAAGAAAUUCCUCGGAAUAACGACCAAAGAGCCACAAAACUAACUCAAUUACAGUGUUUGUAUUCGCUUCGUUUCGUCUGCACUUGCAGUGCGUAAACCUUGUCAAUUGAGGUUCUAGCUGUAUGCAAAUUAGUUAUAAGCGCCCUAUGUCCAAUACGAACAUUACCACUUUCACAGCGACAACGACUUUGGCUUUAAAAGUAGAUAUUAUGUGCAGCAAUUUGCAAUAAUUACCAGUAACUACUUGUAAUUACCCGUAACUACUUGUAAUUACCUUUUAAUUACAAGCAAUUAUUGUUUUUCACAAAUUAAUACAAGAAAACAAUAUUUGUAUAACCUGACUUAUUUCAGAUUUUGUGCUAAUUACUGCAAUUCUCGAAAGGAGUUUUAAGACAACUACUUAAGUAAUUGACAUUAUUUUCGGAAAUUUAAUUUGUAUUUUUUACAUUAAAAAUGCUGAAACCUAUAGUUACUCAACUAAUUAAACCAAGAAUGGUGUAAUUAAUAUGUAAUUAAGCCGUAAAGCCAGUAAUUACUCAGGUAAUUGUAGGUCAAAGUCGCAUUAACUCUUAUCGCUCCAUAAAUGGCAUAAGAGAGACACAGAAUAAAUGCUAACUACAACAAGUAGGCUGUUAAUACCGAUCCAGACCAUAUAUACUUACAUAUAUUAGGUAUAUAUAUAGAGUAUAUGAAUGUGGAAUCUAUAUAGAGCUAACUGUUUUAGUAACUAGUCUAACUAUCGAGUGUUCACUGUAUUAUUAAUUACUGUACUAGAGAUUAACAAAUAUUUGAAACUGUUUUCUUGUAGAGUUGUGUAAUUAACAUAAACAAAUCGCUAAGUGUAAAUAUACA